UUGGGCUGACGAGAAUAGCUGGGAAAUCGAGCAAGAGUGGGGAAGAGGGAUAUCGCUGAUUCCAUCCUUUCUUCUUUGCUAUUUCAAAACCCAAAACCCUAGAUUCAAUUAACCCCCUUUUGUAUGUUGUUGGACCUCAAAUUCGCAGAGGUUAAUUCCCAUUUGAACGAUAGGGAGCAGUUUUUGGUGAGAACAACAAAACAAGAAUGAGCAGCAGGAAGGAGGAGGAGCGAAAUGAGAAAAUUAUUAGGGGUUUAAUGAAGCUUCCUCCUAAUCGAAGAUGCAUCAAUUGUAACAGCUUGGGACCUCAAUACGUGUGCACAAAUUUUUGGACGUUCAUUUGCAUGACAUGUAGUGGGAUACACCGUGAGUUUACUCACCGUGUUAAAUCUGUAUCAAUGUCUAAGUUUACUUCACAAGAAGUUGAAGCCCUUCAAGAAGGUGGUAAUCAGCGUGCAAGGGAAACAUUUCUCAAAGAUUGGGACCCACGAGGCCAGAGACUUCCAGAUAACAGCAAUGUGGAUAAAGUUCGAGAAUUCAUAAAGAGUGUAUAUGUGGAUAAGAAAUUUUUCGCUUCAAAGGCAUCUGGAAAACCUCCUAGAGAUAUACUGAACACUAGAAACCACGAGGAUGAAACAAGACGAGCUAGUUCCUAUCAUUCUUAUUCUCAGAGUCCACCAUAUGAUUAUCAAUAUGAAGAACGUCGUUAUGGGAAACAGGCUCCUGCACUUACUAAAAAGCCUGGAUCGGACCGAGGAAUGUUCCGCUUUAUGAGUACAAGCCGUUUAAGUGAUCAUGGGCAAGAUGAUGGGUUUGCAAAUGAGGUGCCUAAUGCUCGAGUUUCAGAUUUUUCAGUGAGCAGUGCAGGUGAUCCAUUUAGGUCUGAUACYCAAUCGCCAACCUGUCAGAGGGACUUUGGAUUCAGCAGCCCCAAAAGAGAUCCGGACCAGGUAACUGGUUCUUCUGGCAGUACUGUGCAACUCAGCGGGGAUGACACGGGUUUCAAGUCUGCAGACUCUGUCGACAAGCAUUUUAUUGGUCCAACACCUGAACAAUCAGUAGUGACGCAACAUCCUCAUCCCUCUUUUUCCCACUCGUCUGAAUCUGGAAAGUUUGAUGGUUUGGACCUCUUUAGUUUACCAUAUGCACCUCAAUCGAGCACAUCUCUAGCACCAGAACAAUCAGUAGUGACACAACAUAACAAAGACUCUCUUCCCUCUGUGUCACAUUUAUCAGAAUCGGGAAAGUUUGAUGGAUUAGACCUUUUUAGUGCACCAUAUGCACCUCAAUCCACCACAUCUGCUCCUUCAGCCAUUGACCUAUUUGAGUUAUCGGCGACAUCUUCUGCUUUGUCUAUAAAUACUUUGCAGCCACCACGUAAUUCCGUGGCAUCAACUUUGAGUGUAAAUCAGCAGUUCCAAGCUUUUGAACCUUCAUCUUUGGAUUUAUUUGCUGUUAUGCCUCAACAGCAGUCGUCUGAAACCCUGAAAGAUAAAUCACCAGGUAUGAUAACUCAGGAAAAUCAGGGAUGGGCGACGUUUGACAUGCCUUGGCAUGUGGAACCUAGUCAGGGCAUUAAAAGUUCGAUCGUUGUGUCAGAAACUUCUACUAGUGAUGAUUCGGUUGGGAAAUUUGACCAAGCUUUAUCGGUGGACAAAAGCUCUCACUGGUCAUUUCAUCAAGAUUUUAGUGCUAGUGGACCUUCGCCAUUAAUGCAUAACCCAUGGCAUGGAGGCUUGCAUGAUCUUGGCGAUCCGCUAAAUGCAAAGAAUAAUCAGCAGUCAUGGAGUUCAUUCGAAGAAUCUACCACGUCCUUCGAAAGUAUUUAUAUAAAGACUAGCGAACAAGUUCCAGUACAAGAUCCUUCAGGUGUUGAUGUGUAUUUGCCAUGGGAAAUAUCAGAGAAUGUCAAGAUGAAAGAAGCUGAUUUGGAUACUAGACCUGCUCCUUUUCUUAGCACAACACCGCAUGCCAUUGGAUCAGUAGACUCUUCAAUUGAACUCCCUGUCAUGGAUGGAGCACAAUCACAUGGACUUGAUACAAAAUCUCGCAAUCCAUUCGAUUUUCCUAGUGAUGCAGAUCUUGAAUCUAGCAACAUGUUCUUGGACAUGAGCUCUUUGCAAUCUGCUAUACCGAAUCAUAGUAUAUCGACUCCUUGGUUUCCUGAGAGUGCAGCAAUACCAUAUACUCCUGGUAAAUCACAAGAUGCCUUAGUCUACCUGGCAGGGCAAGCACCAAGCAUGCAGAUUCAGAACAUUCAUGGUCAGGGGCCUGUAGCUUCAGUCAGUGGGAAUCCGUUUGGAUAGAAGCCGCAAGCAUCUAUUCAUUUGUGAAUAGGGUCUAACAUGAUGAUCAUGUUUGAUUGUUGUUCUCUGCAUGUCCUUGUACAAAUAAGUUUUGUUUGCAUUUGGGUAUCCUAAAAAUGAAGUUGUUUGAAGUUUUUAGGUACUAUAGCGAAUAAUGCGACUGAAUAUGGUGGUAGUUCCGUAAAGUUGUUAAGCCUAUUCAUUUCUAGCAAUUGGUGUGUGUAAUGGGAGUAGUCUGCUGAAUCUUUAGAGUUUUAAACCCACAAAUGAGUCUGAUUAUGAAAUCAAAUAGUUAUGUUGAC